UCCAUUUUUAAUAUAUUUUUGUAGAUUGAUAUUUCGUUUUUGUUUCUAUUUUUGUAAAUAAUUUUCAAUUCAAAAUUGUCUUAAGCUCAUCGACAAUGGAUGAUGUUUAUUACAAGAAAUACCCAUCUUCUUCAAGAGAUCAUCACACUCGUCAUCAAGCUGCUGGAGUUGGCGGCGGUGGUCAUCAUCCAAUCGGAAUGGGUCCAGUAUUCGCUGGUUCUGCUACUUUGAUGAAUCAGAACUCAAAUAGAUCUGGGCGUUCAUUGAUGCAAUCUGAUCCACCUUUAAUGGGAACAUCGGCAACAUUGGAUUAUGGCCAUGGAAGUAAUAGUUGUGGGGCUGCUGUUGGUGGUAGUCACCAUGAUUAUGAUUCAUCAACAUCAUCAGCGAUGGUGGUGGAUCAUCGAUCAAUAUUUGGUGGCCCAUCUACAUCAUCAACGCAACCUCCUCCAAUGGACAUUCCAAUGAAUGUUAAUAUUUCAACGGCAAGUCAGAAUUAUUUCGAUUCCCGCAUUGGUGAUUCACAUGCAUCGACAACUACGACAGUCAUGUCUUCAUCAGCGGCAUCUGCAACAUCAUCGACAGCAUUGGAAAAAUAUUUUACACAAACUGAAUUGAAACGAUUUAAUGAAUUUAAUCGUUUCCUUGUCAUGUCAUCACCUGAAAGGCAGAAGAAAUUUUAUUCAUCACUUUCAAGUGUUGAAUACAAACGUUUCAGUGAUUAUCUUGAUAUGGAAUCGCAGGCAAAAUCGGUUCCACCACCACCACCACUUCCAAAGGUUCCAACCGCUUCUAGCAUUAGUCAGGGACAUCAGCAAUCCGUACCGGAUUCAUAUUCAAGCCAGCCGCAACAACCAAAACCAGCAUAUACGAUACAAUCAUCAUAUUCAUAUGAUACUUCAUACUAUGGUAAUGGUAGUAAUGAAAAUAUUGCCAAUUCGACUAUGAAUAAUAAUUAUCAUCAACGGAAUACUGGAAAAUUCAAUUCAUCUUUAUCACAAGUAACUUCUGAUUAUUAUGGCCGAUCAUCGACGGUCGAUGGCAGUGCUGAUUGUUAUCAGCCACCAUUACCCCAGAUUCAUAACGAUACUUAUAAUCAAGAUUACAUUGACCAUCAAUACAAUGAUGGCUACGAAGAUAAUCAAAUGUAUGGAACAUACUCAUCAACUUAUGGUUCAUCAUAUCAUCAAAAUGAAAUGACAACCGAUCGCUAUCAUCGUUCGAAUAAAACGUCAGCUGCAAGUCGAAGCCGUAGUCGUACUCCCAACAGAUUUAGGAAAUCAUCGUCUAAUCAUCGGAACUCCUUGUUCUCAGAACAAUCAACCAUUCGUCAAAAUAGAAAUCGUGGCAGUAAUGAGCGUUAUAAACAUUCCAGUUCAAAGGAUUCACCUGUGAAAAAGCCAACAAAUUCAUCUUCAACAUCGAAAGAGUCCCAAAACAAACGUACAUCUUCAUCAAAUUCAUUGUCAGCUAAAACUCAUGCUAAAGAUAGUGACGUGAAAAUUCUUGAAGAACGAAUCAAAGAAUUAGAAAAACGUCUUGGUGAUCGACAUGGAAAUCGGAGAAGAUCUCAGUCUCAUUCAUCUGAACGAUCCUCAUCACGUAAACGAAGUCGACCAUCCCAAGAUUCAUCAUCAUUUAAGUCGACUAAUUCGAAAUCUGAAACGGUAACAAAAUCUGCUGAAGUAUCGUCGAAGAAACCCAAAAUUUCCGAAUCAAAGAAAUCGGGUACCAAUACGGAAUCAACUACUAGCUCGAAAUCCAAAGAUACAAACAAGACACCAUCAGCAAGUGAUGGUCCUAAAAUAUCAUCAACGAACGAAGGAAAAUCAACACAAUCACAAGAUACAGCCAAAAACUCUAGCGUGAAUUCAGUUAAAUCCGAUUCGAAAACUCCCAAUACUGCUGAAAUGAAAAAUUAUAAAAUACCGAAAAAAAGUGAUACUCGUAAUGCUGUAGCUACAACGACAACGACAAAACCCACAUCAUCGUCCUCGAAAGCAACAGCUCCAGCUAAAUCAAAAGAUUUGUCACCCAAGUCAUUGAAGCUUGAGGCAACAAAAAAACAUUCUGACCAACCGGCUAUCAAGAAUAAAACUUCACCAAGCGGUACUAGCAAUAGCAAUAGUAGGAAUCAUAAUGUCUCUGCAAAACGUCGAGAACCAUCACCGGUAUCAUUAGGGAAUUUAUAUGGAUCACAUCGAUUAAUUCAGCAGGAUUUCGAAAAUACGUUUACAUAUUUUCAUUGGUGUAAUCUGUGUCAUUUGUUUUUCAAAUCAGAAUCUAUGUAUCUGAAACAUUUACAUACGGAUCGUCAUUUUAGUAAGUUAGGGUCAUCGGAUUUUCAAAUCAUACGUAAAGCAGAAGAACGAGUCAAUACAUCUGAAACACCUGCACAAUCUGAAUCUAAUCCUUUGAAACAUUCAUCAUCAACAUCGUCGACCAUUUCGAGUAUGUCCAGCCAAUCGAUCGACUGUGAUAAGGAACAAUUUUUAGGGACCGAAUUUAUUUAUCCACUCAUAUCGUUCUAUUGUGAUUUGUGUUCAAAAUUUUUGCCUACAAAUCAACAAGGUCAAGAACAUCUUCGCUCCGAACGACAUUUGCUUCUCUAUCAGAAAUAUAUGAAAAAGAAUGUGGAUUUCUAUAAAAAAUUCAAUGAAAAACGUAUGGAACAAUUCAAGAAAUCGCCAUACGUACGUCAAUACAUUCAUGAACAAUAUAGGCAAAAGUUACUUGAACAAAAAAACAAAGGUAAAUCCGUAACAGAUUCACAAUCACAAAUGGUAUUGAGUAAGGCAUCCAGUCAAAAAAUACCAACUGAGAUUAAACAAUUAAUGGACUCACUUUUGGAUCGUAUCGUAAUAGAUUCCAAUUCCAAGAAUAAAAAAACUUUUACAGCAAGUAAUGUUUUGGCAUCAGUAACAACUAUAAAACCUGCCGUAGAGGUUAAAGAAUCACCUAAAGAUAAAUUAACUGUUGCUGUAACCAAACAGUCAGCCGACGAUGAGAAGAAGUUGAAAGAAAAGAAUCAAGUACAAGUAAUAAAGAUCAAAGAGGAAAAUUCUGAAACUGUUGUUGUUGCUUCUGUUACUAUUGUCAAUAGUAAUACUACAGAGACAUCCGAACUUCCAAUGGAGAAAAAGAAAUGUGCACCUAAAAUGGAACAGGACAAUGUUGACAAAGUUCAGACGACAAAAGCAACACCAACAAUAAAUAAAAAGAAACCCCAAACUAUGAAUGAAUCGAAGAAAUCAGUAGCUGCCGAAAUCACUAAGAAUGAUGAUAAUUUGAAAGCAAUUGAAAAAGCUCCUAAAAUCGAUAAUGUUGUUCAACCGCCUCCUUCAUUAACAGGCUACACACGGCGAAGAGCUGCCGCAGCGGCUGCUGCUUCGAUAAUUGCCCAGCAAUCACAGCUAACUCGGUCAAAACCAAUGAAAAAAACAUCAAUGAAGCAAAAAUUAUUAAAUGUUAUAUCGGAUACUGAAAUGAAAAGCACACAGAAAAAGAAGGAAGUUGCUCAAAUCGAAGAUGAUGAUACCGAAGUUGAAGAAGAAGAAGAAGAAACGGAUAAAAAAUCCGAGGCUGAUGACAAUCAAAAGGAAUCACGUUAUCAAAUUGUUGAUGGCGAUGAUGAUAAUGAUGAAGAAGAGGACGACGAAGAAGAAGGAUUCGAUGUAAUUGAUGAAAUGAAUGAUGCAUAGAUGACGUUUUCAUAUGAUUUUCAACACGAAUUUUGAAACUCAUUUGAAUCAUCACCCUGUUUAAAGUAGCAAUCAACAAUUCAUCUUUUUAAACAUGCAUUUUUUAUUACACAAAAAUCUCUAUGAUGAUAAAUUUCAACCAGGUCGUCGUGUAUCACAAUAAUAUCGUAAUAUUCAUUUUUUUUAUUUUCAGCCCCACCCAUCACACAAGAUUGAUUCAAAUUAAUAACUUUUUACAUUUUUAUUAUCUAUUCACACCCACUUCCUAUUUUCUCUAUGAAGCAAGAAUAUAAUUUUAUUUUAAUUUUCAAAGUUUGCAUUCUCUUUUAUUGGGGUAAGUUCCUGUAGAAAAAAAAACAAUUUUUAGAUUUCUCUACUUCAUUUGAUAGUUCUUUUCCGUUUCUCACUCGAACCUAAGUGUUUUUUUUUUGUUCGAUAUAAUCACUUCACACCAACGGCAUCUGAUUUUCACGCAUCAAUGAUUAACAGACGUUCAUCAAGUCAUCAUUAUGAUUCGGAAGCUUUUUUUUCAUUUGAAACAGUUGAUGAUUGAUCUCUAUAAUGAUUUUGAAUAUCUGACAAGAAAAGCCACGAAAAGGUGUGCCCUCGUUCAAUCUAUCAUUACAAACCCACUCACAUGCAUAAGUUUUUUUAGGCCCCUAUGGCCUUCGAUCCAUCAAUCAAAAAAAAAAAUGUGAAGUAACUAAAUUCAAUAAAAGAGCAAAUAAAAUUGA